AUGUCACUUGUGGCGCAACACUCACUCCUUAAUAGUCCUAUCGCCCGAGAAUGGGACAUCAUCGCCCUCCAGGAACCUCACAUCAACUCAAUGAAGAAUACCAUAUCGCCCACAUACUUCCACGCUGUAUACCCUACCACCAGAUUCUCAGCACCUAAUCUUAAGUCACGAGCGGUCACCCUCAUCUCCAAAUCUCUAGAAACUAACUCAUGGCAGCAAUUCGCAUUUCCCUCACCGGACGUUGUUGUAAUCCAAUUUCAGGGCCCAUUCAGCCGAUGCACAAUAUUUAAUAUCUAU